AAUAAAAGAGAAUAUUUUCGCUACAUCCAAAUCAUUUCGUUUUUGCUAUCUGUUACUUACAAAAUGAAUUUGUCUUUCAAAAAAUUUCCAUACAAUUUCCUUGCAAUAAAUUUUAUUUUAUUGUGGCCUCUUGUUAAUGCUGGAGAGGACUACUCAUACUCAUCCUACCGUCGGUAUCCACUAUGUCAACCAUGCGAAGACAUAAGAUAUCCUCAGAGUGUUGACGAUGUUGUUACAAUCGUCAAAGAAGCAAUCGGUAAAAAUCUAACGGUAAAAGCAUUCGGCGUUCGACACUCCCAAACUGACAUCAUCUGCACGGAAGGCAUUCCCAUUGAUAUGACCGGACUACAGUCAAUGAAAAUGAAUGACGACAAUACGGCAACGUUUGGUGCUGGUACUAAUAUGCGAGAAGCUACUACGUUUUUGCGUUCAUAUGAUCGUGCAUUUAGAACUACACCGGCAUACGGAAAUAUAACGAUCGGGGGAGCGAUUGGGACUGGCGCUCAUGGUUCUACAAUUAAGUACAAUUCUUCUAUUUCUUCUCAGGUAGCUAAAUUGAAAAUUGUUGACGGAACGGGCGAGAUAAAAGAGAUUACUGAUGCAGAGGAUUUGAAAGCGUUCAGAAUGCAUCUGGGUCUCCUAGGAAUUGUAGUCGAGGUAACACUCAAUACGGUUGAACUGUAUAAAACACUCGCUCACAACUAUGUUGUGUCCGAUGAAAUACUAACAAAUGGUAGUGUAGUGGACAUGGCAAGGAACACGGAUCAAAUUUCCCUUUACUGGUUUCCGGAGUUUAAAGAAGUUGUGGUCGCCAAUUGGACAAUUGUAGAUAAAGCGACUCCCGGAACUGACUACACGAAUGAUCAUGUGCCGUCCACGUAUAACAAUUUUGCUCUAGUAACUUCUGUAGCUAAAGAAAUUUCGUUUACACUUACCGAGAGCAAAUGCGCCGUUGCAAAUACAUUGGGUUAUACGGUCUUACAUGUAUUUGAAUACUUUUUGGAACUGGCGUUAUUGCUACCUCUUCCGGACUGGGUGCCGAUUUAUGCGACGCAACAAGGACACUUUAAAAAUCCGUCUGUCGGCUAUUAUGACGAAAUGUUUGCUCCUAUAUGUCACGAUGAGCCUCAAGGAAUUCUAGGAGCGGCUUGUGCUUGGUCUCACGGUUCAAACAGUAUAACGAUCCUGGACAAUGAAUUUAGUCUUGAGCUGUCUCGACUGGGAGAUUUCGUAGAAGCUGUUAAAGCAAUUGUGAAGAAAACUCCAACAGCUUUUCCGUUACAAGGGAUCUUGAUGAGAUUCAGCGACCAAUCAGAUAUGUACAUGUCCACAUCGUAUGGAAGGCAGUCUGUCCAUUUCGAAUUUUAUUUAUGGAACAGAGAUGACAUCUAUGGACAUGCAUCAGGAAGUUUGGCCGGUUAUCAAACCAUACUACAAACUUUGACGAAAGAAUUUAAUGGCCGAUCGCACUGGGGUAAAAGUGGCUUAGUAUAUCACAGCAGGGAUAUGCUCGACUUAAAAUUAGAUGAAACUGCUAGACAAAAGUUUGUGGCCGUCAUGAAUAAGUACGAUCCAGACGAGGUCUUCCUUAACAAUUUCGGCCGUCGUAUAAAGCGAACUGGAAAUAAAAUCGACAUCGAUCCGUUAACACAACAUUGUGCCAUAUUGGACAAUUGUUUCUGUUCCGAGAACACUGACUGUUCAUCGACUCAGAUAUGCACGAAACUUCCAGGCUACGUCUACAACGUCUGCAAAACCAAGAACGAAAUUGUCCCCGUCACUUUUGAUAGAAGUGUGUUUCCUGCACCUUUCGGUAUUCUGUCGUACCUAGUAUCUGACGUUCCUACUUUGGUAAAAUCUGUGGUUGCCAAUUGCUCACUCACGGAUCCACUUGGAACUAUUGGCUCACUUAUUCCAACACUCAUUCCGGUCGAUAAAGCGCUUCAAACUGUUGGUACGUUAGGUGAAAAACUCGGAGAGCUUAAAUCAUUACGUGAUGUGGUUGGAGGAAUAGGUAAUGUCAUUGGAGGUAUUUUGCACAUUUAAAUAAAGUUCCUUUUUUGGAAGAAAAUAUUA